UAUUUUAUUUUUGAGAAAAUCAUUGUAUUAUGAAAAAAGAUUCUUAUGAGUCUAAACAAAAGUUUUUUUUAAGGCGAUUAAUUGUAUAACAUUUUAAACUAAAUUACUUAAUUCAAUCAAUGUAUUCUCUACAAUACAUGUGCGACGAAUUGUUUUGCGACGAAUUGUCGUGCGACGAAUUGAUCAUGCGACGAAUUGUUCGCGACGAAUUGUACGCGACGAAUUGUCGUGCGACGAAUUGUACUAGUGCCCCAAUUUAUAACAUUAACUUGGGUUUUGAAGAAAAUUAUUAUGAAAAAUGAUUGAUUAAUAGAAGUAUUUAAGGUAAAAUAAGUCAUAUAAUUAUUUGAAGUAAUAGAGUUAAAAAUUUUUAAAAAAAUUAUUUGAUUAUAUUUGUAUUGAAUGCUAUCAUUUUACCGAAAAGAAAUACUAUUGACUGCAUGUUUCACAUUUUUUUUUCUAACUCAUUAAAAUAACUAAAUUAAAUUUCUCUUACAUUUAUUUGAUUUCUUAUUUUAUAGUCAAUAUUCAAUCGUCUAUAAAUCUCUGUCCAAGUUCUUCAAGUGAUAGCAUAUGUGUAUUAGAUAACAACAAUAAUUCACCAAGUAACAUUGAAGAAUUAUUUCAAAGCAGUUUUCCUUCGAUUUCGGAUUGUAAGUUUGACUUUGAAAAAACUAGUGAUCAAUGCUGUAAGAAACCUCUAGCAUCUGAUACAACGCCGAUCGAACAACAACAACAAGUGCGAGAGUCUUCUUCUACAUUUAUUUUACCAGAUGAUGCAAGAAUUUCUCAUAAUCAACAUGAAAUUAGAUUUGAAACUGAACCUAUGGAAAAAUUUCGGGCGCGUUAUUUAAGUCAGUAUGUACCGAAGAAAAAAUAUAAACGGGAUGGUAAAACAGAAUCCAAACAAAGUAGUCCAACGUAUUUUUCCGAUCGACACAAGACACACUAUCUCACAUUAUUGAUGUCCAAAAUACUUGUAUUUGGUUCAGAUCCUAUUGAUCUGUGUCGUAUCAAAGUAGAAGUUUGCAUUGUAACACUAACUAUCGAUGGAUGUAUUUAUAUUCAUCCAUAUUUUACAUUUUACAAACCCGAAGGAAACAAAAACUACUCUUUAUCUAAUCCAAUAUAUAUACAUCUUGGAAAUGAUGAAGAUUAUAAAAAUCCACCAAUAAUCAAUGAAAUAUUGAACGCGAAGCUUUAUCUGGCUGUGAUAAAUCUUCUCGACAAUGAACUAUUAAAAAAACCAAUACAACCUUUCGAAUCAUUAAAAUCGAACGGAAUAGCUGAUACAGCAACAUAUACUAAUUAUGACGAAUAUAAAAAUAAAUUUUGUUUAAAUAAACUUCGUUUUGCUGUAACGUUAUGGAUAAAAAGUCUCCAUGGAGAACCUCGUCAUUCGGAUAAACCUCAUAAUACUCAUCCGCCAUCAGUCAAUGCUAUCCGAUCGAUUGUAUCUGAUCGUUCACAACAAGAUCAGAUUCCGGUGGUAAAUCAAUAUACUGUUCAUGUUAAUGUAUUUAAAUGUGAUAAAUGGUAUAAUGCAAAUAAACGUCAACAUAAUCUUUUUGAAACAAUUCAAAAAACAUUCUCGAACAAGAAGCUAAUAAUUCACCAAUAUGUAUGUUUUGAUGAUGGAAAUUUUCUUUAUUCCCGUGAAUUAUUACUUAAUAAAGUUAAAACUUAUGAAAUAAUAAUAAAAAAUGAACUAUAUCAAUUAGAUAUAAAAGACAUGUCAGAUCAUGUUACAGUUGCAGAUAUGUGGCAAUUUGUUCGAAGUAAAACACCAUAUAAACGUUCUCAAGAUUUAAUACGUAUGUUUGAAACAUUACUUAAACAAACCAUACGUUCAUAUAUAGUUUGUAUUCGAAAUCAAUUUUUUGAAAAAAAUCAAACAUUAUAUGAUGAUGGAUCAUUUCAAAAUAGUGGUUUUGCAUUUCUUCAAGUGAUUUAUAAUAUUCAAGGUUUUGGUGACAAUGGUAAUUGUCAUCCAGUAAUAUUAUACGGAACUGAUGGUGAUUCAUGUCAAAUAUCUGUAAUAGAAUUUCUUGCUGAUAAAUAUAAAAUUAAAUAA